UCGAAAGAUGCUCGCUGUGGUCCUCGCUGUGAUCCUGAAUCAUCUUGAUUGGCUUCUGGCGAGUCUGCCGUCGCCGGCGGUAUCCUGUCCUUCAUGGCCCGAGAGAAGCACCACCCCUUCGAGCCCACCCUCAGCACCACACUGCAAGCCAGACAGGGCUACGAACAGUCCAGAUGGCUCGGAAGGCUUCGGAGACAUACGGGUAAUGUAAUUCAUAUGCUUGCUCGUGUUGGAAGGCGGGAAAGGGAGGAGGGGUUCCCGGUCGGCCAUCGUGGGUUCAACCGCAGCUUCCUCCAGACAUCGAACGAGGUAUGUCUCUCUAGAUCUAGACUGUCGCACACACGGGCUGCCUCCACAAGCAGAGGUGAAUCAUUCGGCCUCGCCUGGGAGUACUACCGGAUGGGAUCCAAGCCACGAUGGUUCAGAGAGGCAGAUGCGAUGGCCACGGAAGAGCAGCCCUCGGUGAACCACAGGGUUUGUGAAGGUGAAGGAGUGGGAAUGCGGGUGAGAGACAGAUGUGGACUUGCUGGCCAGGGUGGUUCAGUUCAGUCGAGGAUUGAGAGGCAUGGUCGAUCUGUUUGGAUUGCAGAUUGCAAGGAUGCAUGCUGACGCUUGAUCGGAAACGAAUAGCUCCGUCUUGUGGUUGUUGUU